CAAGUCGAGCAGUGUGCUUUUAUCUAUCGGAUGUUCAUAGCCGUCAAAGGGAUUGAAACUCUCUCUUUUUGAUUUAAACGCUUUUUCUCUGAUAUAUUGAAACAUUUGGAUGCGCGGUGUCGUGAUUAAGCGGUUUCACAGACGGAGACAUUCUCACAUGGUCACGCACGGAGCCACGCCACAGUGUCCCGCAGCCUCCGACUGUACUCUGCAGCAAGGGAGUGUUUCAGGUGGCCUUUAACCAUCAGAGCAACACAUCACAAAAGAGGCGACGAGCAGAUACAGAGCAAAGAGAUUUUUCUCACCAUCUCUCGUCCCAUCUGUUGGAGGCGCUUAUGCCAAGGCUGUUUCAUAAGCAGAAAUUAAUCUUUGAGGGACACUUCUUCCCUCAAGAAAAUAGCUUUUUGGUGAUUUGCAACAUAUUUGCAGCCAUCUGAAACUCUGCACUUUUCAAACUCUUAUCUACAGGCUGAGAGCCUUUACUUUAUUAGUUUUUUAAGUCUGAGAAACAAUGAAUUUCUCUCCUUAAUUUUUUAAAACAAACAGCAACUAUGAUUCAUCCAGGUAUACAUAGUAGUCCCACUUAAACUUGCUCCUCCUGUUUUCCCCCCGGCUGACAACUUAAUCAAGCUGUACCAGCCUCGUCCUACAUUAGUAUGAGUUAUGACAACUCUAAAACGCCCAGCAGCACCACUCGAGGGCGAGUGGCGAGGGCUGAAGAGAAAGAGAACGAGCAGGAUGCCGAGUCAGAAGAGUUAAACUCUCCUAAAAUCGGCGGUGGCCAGAGCAGUGCCAAUGUCAAGACUCAGGAGCAGGGAGGCAAAGCCAGACGUGGCUCCUCUCCCAGCGGAGGGUCAGGAUCGGGGAGUUCAUCCGGACACUGUAGGGGGGCGAAUUCAGACGACAUGGACGGACUUUCAAGCGGGAAUGACUCCGGAGAAAGAGAAAGCGAGGGAGGGAUGGACAGGGAGAACGGGUCACGUGGGCGGCAGUCAACGCGAAGCUCAAACAGCUCAAACGGGAAGGACUCUGGGAUGAUGCUAGAAACUACAGAGAGCAACAAGAGCUCAAACUCCCAGAGCCUCUCCCCCCCCAGUGGCUCUCUGGCCUACAGCCUGUUGUCCACCGGCUCAGAGCGAGACCCCCCCUCCACCUCCGGCUGCAGCAGCAACCAGUCGGCACGGGUCCAGACCCAAAAGGAGCUCAUGAAGGCCAUCAAGGAGCUGAAGCUGCGUCUGCCGAGCGAGCGCACGACCAAGGGUCACUCCAGCACCCUGAAUGCACUCAAAUACGCCUUGCAGUGUGUUAAACAAGUGCGAGCUAACAAGGAGUUCUACCAUCAGUGGAGCGUAGAGGAGUGUCAUGGCUGCAGUCUGGACUUGUCUGCCUUCACUAUUGAAGAGCUUGACAACAUCACCUCAGAAUACACACUCAAAAACACUGACACUUUCUCCAUGGCAGUGUCUUUCUUGUCAGGCAAGGUCGUGUACGUUUCACCUCAGGGCUCAUCUCUGCUGCGCUGCAAACCAGAGUGUCUCCAGGGGAAAAUGUUUUCUGAGCUUUUAGCCCCCCAGGAUGUCAGCACUUUCUACAGCGGCACGGCACCCUGCCGCCUGCCACCCUGGGCCUCCUGCAUCGGGUCUGCCUCAUCUCCAGCAGAUUGCACUCAGGAGAAGUCAAUGUUCUGUCGCAUCAGUGCAGACAAGGCGCAGGGCAGAGAGAUGCGUUACUACCCAUUCCGCCUCACGCCCUACCAACUCACCAUCAAAGACUCAGAUGUUGCAGAGCCUCAGCCCUGCUGCCUGCUCAUCGCAGAGAGAGUCCACUCUGGAUAUGAAGCUCCUCGUAUUCCUCCAGACAAGAGGAUCUUCACCACCAGUCACACUCCCAGCUGCCUCUUCCAGGAGGUCGACGAGAGGGCGGUUCCAUUGUUAGGUUACCUGCCUCAGGACUUAGUGGGAACACCAACCCUGCUCUACAUCCACCCUGACGACAGGCCCAUGAUGGUCGCCAUUCACGAAAAAAUCUUUCAGUUUGCAGGGCAGCCGUUUGAGUAUUCUGCCCUGAGGAUGUGCGCCCGAAGCGGGGAAUACCUGACCAUCGACACCAGCUGGUCUUCCUUUGUGAACCCCUGGAGCCGCAAAGUGGCAUUCAUUGUAGGACGGCACAAAGUCAGAACGAGCCCUUUGAAUGAAGACGUGUUCACGAUGCCGCAGAGCUGCGAGAGUCGGGUCACCACGCCCGAUGUUGUCCAGCUGAGCGAGCAGAUCCACCGGAUACUGGUGCAGCCGGUGCACAGCGGCGGCUCUCAGGGCUACAGCUCCCUCGGCUCCAGUGGCUCAAGAGGCUCCCGACGCUCACACCAGCAGCACCUCAGUGCCUCCGCUGCCUCGUCCAGCGACAGCAACGGACCCGCCAUGAAACAGGCUGCUGCCGUAGUGGCUCUACACAAACCAAUGACGUUCCAGCAGAUCUGCAAAGAUGUUCACAUGGUGAAGACGAGCGGACAGCAAGUGUUUAUCGAGUCCCGUAACCGGCCACUGCCAAGAAAAAACACUAAUGGAGGUGCAGCAGGCAUCCGAGCCGUCUCCAAUCGGGACCCAAUCAGAGGUCUGAUCGACGAUCUGACCAAACCUCCCAAAGCUCUUGUCCCUCCAGCGCUCGUUCGUAAGGAUCCUCCCGCUGGAUACUCCUACCAGCAGAUCAACUGUCUGGACAGCAUCAUAAGGUACUUGGAAAGCUGUAACAUUCCUAACACCGUAAAAAGAAAGUGCGGCUCGUCCUCAUGUACCUCCACCUCUGAUGAGGACAAACAGGAUGCAAACUGCAAAGGUGGUUCAGUUAGCCUCAUAGGUGAACCACCUCCUCUGCCCCAUCUGACCAUGGCCACAAAGGCAGAGAGCGUAGCCUCAGACCCUUCGCAGUGUAGCUUCAGCAGCACCAUCGUGCAUGUGGGAGACAAGAAGCCACCUGAGUCAGACAUCAUAAUGGAGGAUGCUCCCACAACACAGCUCACUCCCUGUACGACCACACCAACUCGCCCCGCCAUCACGCCGCCUCCUCCUCCUCCUCCCCCUCACGCAUCGCCUCUCCCCCAAACUGGUCAGCCAGAGAGGGACAGCUGGAGAAGUGGAGGGAGCAGUGGAGGAGGGCGGAUGGGUCUGACCAAGGAGGUAUUGUCCGCCCACACGCAGCAGGAGGAGCAGGCGUUCCUCGACCGCUUCAAAGACCUCAGCAAGCUGCGAGUGUUUGAUCAGACAUCAUCUUCUGGUAUGCGAUGCCACAACGCGGCUGCCAACCCUCUGUCACGAGGAGUGCGUUGUUCCCGAGAUUACCCGGCCGCAGGAAGCAGCACAGGUCACAGACGUGGUCGCGGCGGUAAAAGGCUGAAGCCUCAGGAGUCUUCAGACCAGCACAGCUCUAUGGGCCGUAGUGGAAGCCAGCUGGACAACAGAAUCGGCACAGCCCCCCUACCCCUCAACAUGCCUCUGGGACCCCCAACAAACUCUUCCUCCUGGCCGUCUGUUGGCUCCCAGGCCAGCAUUCCCUCUGCCCCCUUCGCUCCAGGAAUGCUUCCCAUCUACCCGAUGUACCCCCCAAUCACACAGCCAUUCCCUCAGGCCGUCCCUAUCCCCGAUCCCUCACGUUUCCCCAUCCCUCAGAUGGUCCCUCCCCCCCAGAUGGUUCCCCCCACCCAAAUGGUGCCUCCAAUGAUGGCCCUGGUGCUACCCAAUUACAUGUUUCCCCAGAUGGGAGCUCCUAUCUCCCAAGCAGUCCCCACACCCGGACACUUCUACAACCCAAACUUCUCAUUCCCCAUCAACGCCCCUGCUUCCAUUUCCAACCCCGUCCACGUUCCCAUCCCAACUACCUGCGCCCCCUCCCGUAGCAGCACCCCUCAGUCCUACAGUCAUACACCAGCCGACCGUGAGGGUGCAGAGUCCCCUCUCUUCCAGUCCCGAUGCUCCUCACCUCUGAACCUCCUGCAGCUAGAGGAGUCGCCGAGCAACCGCUUAGAGGUCGCCACAGCUCUUGUGGCAUCACAACAAGCCACGCCUUCUGUGCAAGGCGGGGCAACUCAGCCGCUACAGAGCUCGGCCAAUCAGGGAAUCUCUGAUGAAACCUCCAAGGAGAAUGAGAAUGGUGAAACUAAUGAGUCCAACCAAGACGCCAUGUCCACCUCCAGCGACCUGCUCGACAUGCUGUUACAUGAAGACUCCCGCUCCGGCACCGGCUCGGCUGCCUCUGGUUCGGGGUCCUCAGGUACCAGGUCCUCUGGUUCGGGGUCCGGGUCCAACGGCUGCAGCUCCUCCGGAACCAGCGGCACCAGCAGCAGUCAGGGCAGCCACACCAGCAAGUACUUUGGCAGCAUCGACUCAUCGGAGAACGAUCACUCCCGUAAACAGACAGCAGGGGGCAGCAGCAGCGGUGGAGGAGAUGGUGGCGAGGAGCAGUUUAUCAAGUGUGUCCUGCAGGACCCCAUCUGGCUUCUGUUGGCAAACACCGAUGAUAAAGUGAUGAUGACGUACCAGCUGCCUGUCAGGGAUAUGGAGACAGUGCUGCGAGAGGACCGCGAGGCCCUGAGGAGCAUGCAGAAGCAUCAGCCUCGUUUCAACGAGGAGCAGAAGAGGGAGCUGAGCCAGGUGCACCCCUGGAUCCGCACAGGACGCCUGCCACGAGCCAUCAACAUCUCUGGCUGUGCAGGCUGCAAGUCUCCGCCCACCGUGCCUGCCGUCGCUCCGUUCGAUGUAGAGAUCCACGAGAUGGAGCUGUGCAGCGUGCUCAAAGGUCAGGAAGAUGGCAGCAAAGGGAAGAAAAAUCUCUGCGAGACAGCCAUGGAUGAAGCUCAUCCUGAUGACGUGGAUGAAGAAGAAGAGGAGGAAGAAGAAGUGGAGCAGAAGAACACAAAAACACUUCAUAGCAACCAGGAAAUGUCAGCGGAGGAGCUGAGAGCGUGCUCAGAGGCAGUUGAGGGAAAAGCGGAGGCUCAACAGGCUGAAUCUCACAUGACACACUGAGUUGGUUGCCAAAGAUAAAGAGUACUAUCAUGAAUAUUCGCUGCUGGUAUGCAGGUAAAGUGCACCUUCCAGGACCUUCCGGCACCCGAACAGCACUGCACAGGGUGCCGGGUGUUAAAUAUGCACCUUCCAAGACCUUUCCCUAUCUGGGACAUCGUUACACUUGUAAGAUGUUAAAAGUUUAAGGUGCAUAUUCUGAAAGGAAACUUCCAUGAACUGAACGACAGGUCAGGUUGGACACUUGGCCGUGUUCAUUCUCCGUGAAGUUAAAUGACAGCACACCAGGCCCGUUGUAUGAGCGCAUAUUAAAUGCCUUGGAAGCCACAUGACACGCACAAGUGUUUUUGUCCCUUUUGUUUCUCUUCAGCUGCCCUUGUAGCUCCUGAAAUAUUUAUUUAAGUUGUAAAUUAAUCAGAGAGGACGAAGGGGAAUGUGUUGCAUAAAAGGCGCCUUUACUUAAAGAUGGAUGUUCUUCACCACAGUGUCCUCCUCGAUGACUUCAUCUCUCCUGCUCACGAGGAAAGAAGGGAGUUCAUCUGUGACUUUUCUUGUUGAUUGAUUCCCAGCAAGAUCCGUUUUUCUCACUCAGACUCAAAGUUCUUUUUUUUUUAUGUAAAAAGUUUGUCUGAACUACAGAAAAAGCAACUUUGACUCACGAGUCAAAAUGUACAGUAAGAACCAGGUUUAUUUUGUAAACAAUGUGUAUAUUUUUAUACUUUAUCCACUGCAAAGACGAGUAUGUGUAUACUGUAAAAUAAGAAAAAACCAGGACAGAAAUCUUCGCAGUUUUGAAAUUGCAGCAGAAAAAAACAAUCACUUUCACGGUCUCUGAACAGAGAUGACGUUUAUUUUCUCACGACAAGGCAAUCUUGUUGCUUUUCUUGAGCAAUGUGCAGUUAAAAUCGUGGGGAAACGUGGCAAUCACCUGGAGACCAACCUGGACUUUUUAAGGUUGCUCCUCGGCAGGGCAUUAGUAGGUGCAUUUGUGUGGGAAAAGAACAACGUCUGUCUGAAGAAUCACAGACAGUAUUUCCAUCCCAAGAGGCUGAGAUGGCUUUUGUGUUGCCGGUGCUUUGCCCAUGGUGAUGGGUGUAUUUGAAAGAGGAGGACUGGACUCUCUGAACUCUCUGGAGAGCUUGGAGAGUGUAAACUAUCUUUCUUUCCUCUCUGUCCUGUUACUCUCUUUCUCUGUGGCACUGUUCUGGUCAUGUGAUAUCCUAUGCUUUGUCAGUGGUGUUUGCAACAGUUUCUUAAUAUUUUUGUGAAAAUUCUUUGUACAAAAAAAGACAAUAAAAUGACUUGAAAUGUAAAA